UCUUUUCUUUCACUUCACCUAGCAAAUGAAACACGGAAGCAACACGAACACGAAUAUGAAGAAGACAGAUGAGAAGACUUGGAAGGAGAAGAAGAAGAAGAGUAUGUCGUCAAUGGUAUUCUUAUUAUAUUCGAUGAUCGUGGUUACAUUCGCAGGACUAUUUCUAACAUAUUGGGUUUACAAAUACCAUCCCACAAAUUCUAAUCUUUGGAUGGUUCCUGUGGGACUCAUCUUCCUCGUCACUCCUGCCUUCCUCUCUAUCUCCGUUUUGGUCUCCGAUCUGUGCGACGACGACGGUGACGGCGUGAAUCAUGACCUAAACCAAAUCACGAUUCACGAUCGUGAUGUAAAACUAAACGCUUGACUUUUUCAUUAACUGUUGUUAAUAAUUUGGAAUUAAAUGAUAUAUUAUCAAUUAAUAUCAACUAGAAUAUUUAUUUAUGUAUGUUUUUAAGGUUUUUUUUUUGUGAUCAACAUAUGUUUUUUAAAGGUUUAAGCGAAUAUAAAUUACCAGCUUUUUCCGACAAACCAGUUCAUACUUGUGCCGUUGUGUAUGAAAAAUAAAUAGCUGGGUCAGCAUGCAGAAGCAAAUGCAAUUUGUUCAGUAACCCAUGGGCCUUAGAGGUUGAAUCUCAAGGCCCAGAAUGAACUAAGAAGAAAGCCUUUUGAAUCGGCCAGAGGGGUCUUGCUAUGAAAAAGGAAAGUGGAGACAUUUUUGGUAAUAAAAAUCGCAGGAGGAGCCCCUUCUCUCUAGAGGAAUCCAAGUGAAGGAUAAUCUUUAUAAUAAUAUAAUCGCUGAAGAGUCAUUUCGUUUGCAUUUGAUCUCGAGGGUUUUUGGGGGAAAGCUAGGGUUUUUGGUUUAAUCAGCGAUGCAGCAGCCUCCGCAAAUGUUUCCGAUGGCUCCUUCGAUGCCGCCAACUAACAUCACCACCGAACAGAUCCAAAAGUACCUUGAGGAGAACAAGAAGCUGAUAAUGGCAAUCAUGGAAAAUCAGAAUCUUGGCAAGCUUGCAGAGUGUGCACAGUAUCAAGCUCUUCUCCAGAAGAACUUGAUGUACCUCGCGGCUAUUGCUGAUGCUCAACCUCCUCCAUCUACAGCUGGAGCUACACCACCACCAGCUAUGGCUUCCCAGAUGGGGGCACCGCAUCCUGGGAUGCAACCGCCGAGCUACUUUAUGCAACACCCACAAGCUUCAGGGAUGGCUCAACAAGCACCACCCGCUGGUAUCUUCCCUCCGAGAGGUCCUCUGCAGUUUGGUAGCCCACACCAGCUUCAGGAUCCGCAACAGCAGCAUAUGCAUCAACAGGCUAUGCAAGGACACAUGGGGAUGCGACCAAUGGGUAUCAACAACAACAAUGGGAUGCAGCAUCAGAUGCAACAGCAACCAGAAACCUCUCUUGGAGGAAGCGCUGCAAACGUGGGGAUUAGAGGGGGAAAGCAAGAUGGAGCAGAUGGACAAGGAAAAGAUGAUGGCAAAUGAAAAGAUCCAAAGAAGCUUUGUUGUGUUGUUUAUAACUAGGAGGACUUGUGCUUUCUUAUGAGACGACUCAAAAAUGUCUUUUGCAUUAGUUAAUUUUCUUGAGUUACAACUUACAACAGAAUAUAGACUGUGGACUAGUUCCACAGUCCGUGUUGUAAUGGUAUUUGUAUUAUCUAGUACAAGUUCGGAUGUGGUUUAGAAUACAUUAUUCAUUGUUCUUCU